CAAUUUAUCAUCUGUGCGCUGCCUGACAUCUUUCUUUGUGCAAUUUCUGUAGUCUCUCGUGAAAAAUCCCGUUAUUUCGCUUUCGUAAUUCAUCUAACAAAGGUAUUAUCUGUUCGCGAGUGUUCACCGCAAUUUGUGGGACAUCAAGUAAAAAUUAACGACCGUUCCAAGAUACGGUGUUAUUAAUUUAUUUUCAUUAAAAAAUUAUCGAUUUUAGUCAUCUCGACAAGAAGAAUUAUUGUUUUCAUGCUGUUUAUUUAUUAGUGCCGUCGGGUGACUGGCGAACGAGCAACAAUUUUCGGGUCACAGUCCAACCUAAGAGUGAGCCGUGUCUUGGGGAAAAAGCACACCGGGCACUACGGUGGCCCCAGAUACACCGGCCCCAGCGCCCCAGCCGCCCGUGGAAGGGAUGCGGCGCGUUACUGCACGCUUCGACUAAGUCCUCGACGUAAACAGCCGUUUCCUCUCGAGGGCUCAUGAUUGAUCGCGAUACGAACUGCCAAUAGCUAUGACUGAUGCACGUGCGUCAUCUAGUUCACUCACGGCAGGAGAAGGGGUGCUGGAGAUGACAGGCACAGAUAAUAUACGGUUUAGCGGGUCAACGCUAGACAAAGCCACCAAAGCCAAGGUCACCUUAGAGAAUUUUUAUACAAACCUCAUCACACAACACUUAGAAAGAAAACAGAGGCUCGAAAAAUUAGAAGAGUCUCUUAAAGAUGAAAGUCUUACAGAGAGCCAAAAGAAAGAGAAAAGACAGCAACAUGCCCAGAAAGAGACCGAGUUCCUUAGACUCAAAAGGUCGAGGCUCGGCGUGGAAGACUUUGAACCGCUUAAGGUUAUCGGACGAGGAGCAUUUGGAGAAGUACGACUGGUGCAAAAGAAAGAUACAGGACACGUUUACGCAAUGAAAAUACUCAGGAAAGCUGACAUGUUGGAAAAAGAACAGGUAGCUCAUGUGCGUGCAGAACGUGACAUCUUAGUUGAAGCUGACCAUCAAUGGGUUGUCAAAAUGUACUACAGUUUCCAAGAUCCCAUGAACUUGUACUUGAUCAUGGAGUUUCUACCUGGUGGCGAUAUGAUGACGUUACUCAUGAAGAAAGACACCCUCAGCGAAGAGUGCGCGCAGUUCUAUGUGGCCGAGACGGCACUCGCGAUUGACAGUAUACACAAGCUGGGCUUCAUACACAGAGACAUAAAGCCUGACAAUUUACUACUGGACGCGCGCGGCCACAUCAAAUUGAGUGAUUUCGGUCUCUGUACCGGCCUCAAGAAGAGUCAUCGCACAGACUUCUACCGGGACCUAUCGAGGGCAACACCCUCGGAUUUCACUCUACACUUCAAUUUCUCGUAUGCAGUAUCGACGUCGUCGUCGGCAAUGGACUCGAAGCGGCGGGCCGAGUCGUGGAAGAGAAACAGACGGGCCCUGGCCUACUCGACUGUCGGCACGCCUGACUACAUAGCCCCCGAGGUAUUCCUGCAGACCGGGUACGGCCCGCAGGCUGACUGGUGGAGUCUCGGCGUUAUCAUGUACGAAAUGUUGAUUGGCUACCCUCCAUUCUGUUCGGAGUCCCCGCAGGAGACGUACAGAAAGGUGAUGUCGUGGCGGGAGUCUCUCACCUUCCCGCCGGAGAUACCCAUCAGUGAGGAGGCACGGGAGACCAUACUACGCUUUUGUUCAGAACCAGAUCGCAGAUUGGGUUCUCAACGCGGCAUCGAGGACGUGAAAUCGGUAUCGUUCUUCCGCGGUGUUGACUGGAGCCACGUUCGGGAGCGUCCCGCCGCCAUCUCUGUGGAAGUGCGCUCCAUAGACGACACCUCCAAUUUCGACGACUUCCCAGACGUCAAGCUCGAAAUACCAUCAGCGCCAAUCCCACAAGACGGCGAGGUAGCGUACAAAGACUGGGUGUUCAUCAACUACACGUUCAAGAGGUUUGAGGGGCUUACGCAGCGCGGGACCCCCACCAAGAAGUGAAGUCUUGGCCCCUGAGUAACACUGCUUUCAGUCUAAACUGCUGCAGCCCCUGCGCUGCCUAGCCUUGCCAAGCAAUAUAGAUGUUAACGUUUCGUUAGGCGGUCGAUAGCAGCGCUAGACAGCCCCUGGCUUCGUAUCUUACUGCCUGCUAUGUUAUUAUUACUUAAUAGUACGUACGAUAGGCAUACGGUAGGUGGUCUACACUUAAGAAAGCAGAAAGAUAGACCUUAGUGCAGUUUAAUGAUAGAGUUAUUUGAGACAAAUCCUUAGUAAUAUCUCUCUUUACUUAAUAAGAUCUCGAAAGUUAACCCUUAGGCGUCAUCCUCGGAUAUUAAGAUCGUAUCGUAAUAUAUCAGUACAUCGCUAGGUAGGUCUGCCCGCUCUUUGUUUCUAACUAAUUGAAAAAAGUGCGAUUAUUUCAUAAUGUAACAUGUAUGAUACGGCGUAAAGUUAAAGCUAUAAGUCUCGUGUGCCUACCUCUAUUUGUGCCUACCUCUGCAUGCAUUUGCGACACUUUAGUCUGAAAGCAGUCUGCAAUAAUAACCGAUGACAAUUCUUUAAUCACCAUUUGAUUGUAUGCAUGUACUGAUAUGAAUUGUGUGUCUGAUAACCACUACCCCGGCCUGUUACACCUGGCUGUCGGCGGUGCAAGCUGACCACGUGGACUAGUGGAUCAAUUGGAUUCAUUUUUACUCUUAUACUUCAAUGUUUCGUCUGAAUCGCUAAAUUAUGAAGCGGCGGACACAAAUCGUGUGUUGUCGAUGCCGCUGAUUAACUCGACAAUAUUCUCGCACUGAAUGCUAUCGCAAUAUAAAUAUGAAGAUGGAAAUAGGAAAUGCUAUGAUUUUGAAUGUAUAUAUUGCUCGUAGACAACUUUUCAACUACUAUUUUACUAAUCGAAGUCUUUACUUGCCAUUUCUUUCUGCUUUUUUCUUUCGAGAUAGGUAAAAAUAGGAUUGCCCGUAAUUUUUCCUUACUAAUACAAAAGUGACAAUGAAAUAUUUUGAUGUAAUAAUAAUUGUACAGUGCAUAGGUCUAGGCUAACAUUGGAUAUUGAUAUUUUUAAAGUAAUUGUAUUAAAGAAACCAAAUAAUGAAAUGUAAAAGAGAAUACGAUAAAACAAUGAUAUUAAUAUUUCCGAAACAAAUUUGCCCCUGAUGUUGACAACACGCUUUUUUGUCUUUUUCAUUUUAAAAUGGUUUGCCUGAUUGUUGUUAUGAUUUUAUUGACUAUCGAGGGAUGUAUCAUCCUGUUGUAGAUACUAAUACGUCAUAUUUUUAGUGUACGUCGAAAGCAUCGACCAUCGAAAAAUGCAUACUGCCGACGAGGAGGCCAACUUCGCAAUAAAUCAUCGAUGAUAACUCUUAAAUUAAAUUAUACAUAUUUAUUUGAUUGCGCUAUUUAUACGAUAUCGCUGUUUGUUACUUGUUCGAACUGGCAAUAAAAUGUGUUCUAGUUUUGCCCAUUUCUGGGGUUUGGUUAUAGCCUUGUUAACAUCUGUUGUCGAAUGUUGGCUGCUUGAAUAAAUCAGUUCAAGAGAUGUUUUUAUUAAAUUUUUGGAUAGCGUUGAGGAGUCUAAUCGUAUUUCAAUGUUUCGGAGUAGAUAACGAUAUACUUAUUCAUUUCGACGAUGCACUUGCUGAUGGAGUUAUAUAGUUUUGUGUGAAUUUCAGCCACGACUUGCCUUAACCCUAGCCUACCUACCCUAGUAAGGCAUGAACACGAAACGAGCCAAAAUGCACUUUAACCCCGAACUGCUUGAGACAAUAUUCUGUUGAUUAAGUUAAUAAAAUACCUCAUAAGCUGCAAUAACAUACGUGAUAGGUUGUAAUUGUAAAAAUAAAAGUGUCUUUAUAUAUAGUGGUGCGUCUAGAAGUAUUGAACUUACUAAUCUAUAGCAUAGGAUGAGUUUUUGAAAUUAAAUAAGAGAAACGAAAAGAAAAUACAAUAAUUAUUAUUAUAGUAUGCUUAUUUUUGAGGAAAUAUACACUAUACUAUGCUUCCACUGUUCUCGUAAAAGUUUUGAUGUGUCAGUUCAAAAACUUACCCUGUACACCGCAUACGCAAAGUUAUUGAUAACGUACUAGUAGCUGAACUGUUGCUUCUGUUACAUUUCUAUUCGACGACGACCAAUACGAAAUGUGUUCCCACGUUUAGUCACCGCCACAUCUAUCCAUGUCGGUGCCAGACACGAUGGAAACGUGCUCCGCGUUGCUUGUCACAUAUUUCUUGUUUGUAAAUUCGUACUUUCUUAUCGUGAAUUACUCAUUAGGCACUCCUAUCACAACUAUUUCUAAAUAAUGAAUUCGUUUAUUUAAUUAAUGAUUUAUUUUAUUAUUAUUUAUAAUUCGACUAAUAUACAUAAUUAUUCUAUUUUAUCGGCAGGAAUACUUGUCUCUCUCCCUUUCUCUCUUAUAACUAUAACUAUUCGAAAGCAAAUACUUACCUCUUUAUAUUUUAUAUUUAUACAAAGAAUAGUGUACGAAAAUGUAUAUUUUGAAGGCCGCGUUCAAUUCAUUCGCAAUAGAAUUCCGUCCAAAAUUAUGUUACUAUAGCAAAGUAUUUUACCAAAAAUAUUAAUAUAUUUACCUUCAUGUAGUUGGCAUAGUAUGCUAGUUGGAAACUGUUCUUACCUAUUUAUUUUAUGGAUUUUUGAGGCUUGAACCGACUUUAUUAGUAAUCAGAACGAAGACGAUUGCUGACUGAAUCGGGAGACGCUGACUUGACGUGAAUACGCGGCAACUUUUGGAUUAACCUGGGCGAAUGUUUUUUGAUUUUCGGUUAUAUUACAGUCAAGGAUACAGUUAAAUAAAACAUGGUUCUGCUUGAUGAGGUUUUGAGGCAUGCUAGGCUCCUCAGUCAGCUUGCUUGACUAUGCCUUGUAAGACGGACAUAUAGAAUCAAGUGCGACGCAACCAGUGUCCGGCCAUAGGAAACCGCUCGCUUAUUUAUUAUGAAAAGUUAAACCAACGUAUUCAUGUCAAUUAUUUUAAGAAUUAUAUCUCUGCCUGUCCUGUUUACCUUGCAAACAAACUUAUGAAUUUAAAAUUGUUAGAGCAAUAUUAGAUAUUAAAGAGAGAGGUUGGUAUUCCUGACUUUACUUACUUUAGCAAAGUAUUCCCGUCUUUGUCGCUCUAAUAUUUUCUGUAUGCGCAGGACGGAGAACAACACUGCUGAAGCAUGUAAAUAAUUUCUUGUAUUCACAAUAUUUCUUCUUUCUAUGUUUCUUCACUGCUCCGUAGUAGUUCGUGUGUGUUAUAUGUUUGUGUUCGUAUAAUAUGUAGGACGGAAGUUACCGGCAAUGUAAUUUUUAAACACUAAUUUUGAAAUAAUAUUUUAAUUUUUUAAUUGUUAUUGUAAUUUAAUAGUGAACGUAUAUUCGCCUCAAGUUAUUAUCAGUAAAAUGAACUUAGCACAAACAUUAAACCAGUGGCUAAAGAAGUGGGGUUUUCUAUUAUAGCAAUAAUGUGAAAAGUUGUCUUUGCUCAGGCGUGGGCUUAUACGCUGAUGAUGAUAGUAAUGUAAAAGUGGUAAAAGAAGAGAUAAAUUUGCUCAUCCAUCGAAAUUAUUCCUUUUUAUGAACGUUUUUUGGUUCAGUGUAAUUAACGAUUGAGCUGAUAAUGCAAGGUAGCCUUAGUUCGGUUCAGUCUCCAAGGGUCCUUGUUAUACCUCGCAUCCAACGGUCACUGUGAAAUAGCACAUUGCCGGUAACUGAUAUAUCAAAUGCACUUACAACUUUUGCUGUUAUAAUGAAGUAAGAAGUACUCUUUAGAGAAUCUAUUUCCAUAAGAUAGUGACUCCACGAAUUACACCGUGCGAACAAGUUGCUUCCAUUUUAUCAUAGUAUUCUGAUUGUACAAGUAUACAAUAUAAAUCAAGAAAUUGUUAAUUUUAUACAAACGUACUUUUAUGUAUUAUUAUUAUCCAUCACAUAUUUAUGUACAUAUACAGUGCGAAUAAGAGGUACGAAGAUAUAAAUUGACAUAUUUCGAUGUAGAUCAGAAUAUUUUUUGGCAAGGAAAAUUGCGCUUAGUAGUAAUAUAGUUAAGGACGGCCUGCCACCAAUUACAUUUAGCAGAGGCUGCAGUCUCUAUAUGGAAAUACAUCGACUAAUUAUUCCUUAUCGUACGUUCUUUAUUGUGCGCACAAAAUAAUUGCAGUCAAUAUCUAUCGACCCUCUUAUAUUCUAAACUAUUUCUUCUAUAUACACUUUGAAAUUAAAUAAUAAAUCAUACUAAAAGCGACACUUUUCGAUUAUAAGAUAUUCACAAGGCGAUUUUUGACUCUUAAUUUUAACUUUUACUUAUUCUCAGCACGUUAUUUAAAUAAAACCUUGUUUGAUACAAAAUCACUGCUUUUUGCACACAUUUUACCAAAUUCUCUGCUACGCUAUCGCACCUGAAGACAUCAGAGUUUAGCCACGUGCAGUCACUGGCCCCGCGGAGGGCAGUGCGCAGUAUGACUAGUGACUAGUGAUACGUACCCGCUACACAAUUCUAAGCAUCACCGAUAUACGUAAGUUAGACGUUACGUGCGGCCGCGCGCCGUGUCCUACUCGAUAUCACAGAUUCGCCAGCUUCCGAGCCGCAGUCAUGCCACUCGUGCCGGAGGUGAUAGAUUAUUUAUAAGUAUAGGUGUAUUUUUGUGUCUGUUUAAAUAACUUUAGAAAUUCCUGACUACAGCGACAGGUCGCGUUCUAAUCGUUAGAAAAUAAAUGAAACUGAAAAUAAUAUUCUAUAAUAUUUUUACACUAACAUAGUAAGCACAUUAUAACUCUCAUUGCGUAAUAUUAACUUGUACAAACUGACAAAUUCUCUUUUUAUAGAUAUUAAUAAAUAGUACAACUUAGUUGCACGCUAAUACUGAAGUUCGUUUGUGUAUUUAUGAAGCUCUACAACUUUUGUAGAUGCAUGCUAUGUUAUGCUGUAAUGAUUGGCCAUGCAAUACGAGUCUGCCAAUACAGCAAAAAAUUGAGUUCUCAUUACAAAAUACCAUAGCAAGUGUCGAAUAACUUUGUGAUUAAGUAUGUUUGUAUGGGAAACAAUCUCUCUCGGCGGCGUCCAACAUGACGUGACCAGUCGUACUAUUUCUAUGUGGGCCCUGGGUGUAACACAUGCUCUUACUAUGUGUACUCCUCCAGGGCCCGUACGUCGGCACAGGACCGACCGGAGCGGAGGACGACCACCUUAGUACAAUUGUUACUCGACUUCAUCUAACGCCUGACUCAAUCAGUUAGCCUUCUGCUUAGCAUAGUACUAAUAUGACAAGUUUGGUGUUGUAUAAUUUUAAUGUUAGCGGUUUGUAUAAUUUUGAAUUCGAUGUGUGUUGAUUUAGUUGACACGUUGGCUGCAGAAAUCGCCCUGCACGCUGUGCAUCAUCGCAUGUAUGUAUGUACCGAUUGUAGCGUGAUGCGCCGGCGCCGGCGGGGCUUUUCCGCGGUAAACUGCGUAGUGUGACGUUUGUGAGGGCUGUUCGUUCGGGCGGGCUCGGGGGCUCCACUAGCUCCAUACUACUGUUUCCAUGAACACUUGUUGCUGUACACUAGCAUCCACCGCGAACUGUAAGAACGCCACGAUAUUGCCACGCACUGCUCACGACUAUUGCAACGUCUGACAUCAAUAUAAUUGAUGCGGCUCCUUUAGCUUGUACAGGUAAGGUCGACGCGUGUACUCUGCGAGAGUUGCUCACAUUUGCCAAAUUUUUUCUGUCAAUUAUAUCAUCUGUUCGGCUUACGUUCAUUACGUAUAUAGCACAUUAUAUUAUAUCGGUAUAAACGAAUAUUCGUCACACUUCAUAGAGGCUAUAAGUAAGCAAGUCUCAGAGACUUAUACAGUGCGCACCGUUCACACGAAUAGCCCAUUAGUGAUGUAGAUGUUAACUCCAUUCAAUUUAGUUGAAUUAUUUCGUUUUUGUCAAUAAUACAUAUUAAUUUAAAUGUUAUUUAAUUUAAAAUUAUUGUAAUUGUUUGUUGUACACAAACGCGUACCACAGCUGAGGACGAGGUCGGCUCGCUAUAUGACGCUGUAUUCGUGUAAUGUCAUGAACCACUGAACACGAUAGUUACUAUUUGUAUACUUCACUGAACUGAUAACAAUAAAAAUAUCUAAAUGUUAUUUAGCGAUAAUUUGUCGUAAGGCGAGCAACUGCGUAUUCCUUCGCAAGUAAACACAAAAGCAUUGUGAUGUCGCACCUUAGCAAUUACAUUGACACAAAAGCAUAUUCUUGAAAUUACUUGAUACCACUAACUGCUUUAAGUUAAGGGUUAUUUUUGUAUAUAAUUGAAGAUAUUUUUUAUUAAAUCAUUAUUAUGCCUUCACUACGUCGUCGUCGCCUACUACGUCUUUGUAUUUCAUGUCUACGUUUUUGUUGUUUUAUUGUAGUGAACCAAUGACAUUUGUAUGGCGUUGUAUAGUUUCAAAAUCUGUUGACAUAAAACUUGAUGUGAAAGUCACAUAUUUUAGAAAUAUUGAAGGAAAUCUAAUGAACUAUCUGCAUACAGUUGGCUAAAAAUGACUCAAGAGGUUUUCUUUACGUAUGUUGUAAUCAAUCUGAAUAGUUUCAACUGCCUAUAGUUAGAAGCAGAUUAGUAAACAAAACUUAUUAUUUUGUUUUGGCACUCACGUUAAUGUAAUUGUUAUGGUGCGAUGUGAGAUAUUGUUCAGUCAAUGAAUGUAUUUUGUUUUAUUACAUGCAAUGUGUUGAUGAGAACAAUCGUAGUCUGAGAAGCACGCGUUACAUGCAGCCAGUGAUACAAUGACGCGACACUUUUAGUUACCUGACGCGAGAGCAAUUUACAAAAUAAGUGUGGAUUAUAAUAUAAUUGUCACUGCAUGUGACACGUGUCUCCCUGGUACCUUGAUAAGAUUAUAUCAUGAAAUAAAUAUGUAUGAUGGCCCUGGCCGUUCUAUCAGGGAUGUUGUUUUAUUAUUGUGAUUGUAGAGCGUCGAUGCGAAGUGCGCGGGACCCGGCCGCGAUCAAAUAAAUCAUAGCUAUUCGCUUUGUUAUUGUUGUUCGAAAUAAUGAUAAUGAAAAAUAAUUAUGAGUUAUUUAAUUUCUUUAAUUGUAAGUCUUUAAGUAUUUUGUUUAAUACUUUUAUUGUUUCUUCCAUGUGAUUUAAGAAAGUGGCAAUACAAUUAAGCAUUAAAGCGAUAUGAACUUUGA